UGUGUGUGUGUGUGUGUUGGGGGAGGGGGUGCACCUGCUGGGGGCGUGAGGGGCCGCCCCCGGGGUUGGGGCUCUGUGUGUUGUGGGGGGGCCCUGCGUGUGCGUGUUUGCGUUGUUCGUCCCCACGCCCCCGGUGAACUUUUAAUUGAAAGCUGCGCUUCAGGUGAGUGCUGCGGUGCUGCGUUGUGUUGUGGUGGGGGCACAGCCCUGCUGCCCGCUUGGGGCUGCGCUGUGUGGUUCCCCAACUCCCGUGGUAUUGGUGGGGGAGAAGCCAUGUUCUGACUUGCCAUAAAGAGGCUGAGGCCCUUCCUGGGGGUGUGAGGGGCUCUGGGAGAAGCCCUUGGGAUCAGCAGCGCUGCGGGGCUCUGCCCUGUCAGCUCUCGCUGCCCCCUGCCCUAUAGCUGGGGGGUCGGUGCGGUGGGUGAGCCCGGUUCGGGCCGCAGUGUGCACGGCUGCUGCCGUGGGGUGACUUCCAUCGGAGCCGUGGGAUGUGUGUGCUCAGCACGUUCCCUGCGUGGAAGCGUUCCAUUGCUCUCACUUUCAGUUUUGAGGUGGCAAAGCAGAGCCCUGCUGUGAUCGGUUCAGAUCCAUUGUUUUGGUGAGCUUCCGGCCGGGCCUGACCACAAAUAACACUGCUGAAGUCACGGGGCUGCUGGCGCUACAGAGUGUUUGGGUCAGGUGAGAGCUGGGAAGGAGCGAGGCUGUGCUGGAGGGCUGUGCUGUGCUCCCGGCGUGCUGCUGGGAUCCCAACGUGGGCUUUCGUGGGGAAAGCAGCGCAGAGCUGCUGUCACUGCCAUCAGCAGCACUUGGUGAGCUGCUGGGGGAGCUGCUCAGUUUGAGUGCAGGCGUUAUGGCUGCUCCAAAGGGGUCUUCCCAGCGUGGUGGGUGUUGCUGGGUGCCUGGGACUGGGAGCGUGCUGCUCUCCCAAAGCACACGUCUACUCAUUACUCGAAGAGCUGUGAAGGGUUUGGAUGCUUCUCUGGGCUUGAUGGUGGUCUGUCAUGGGCAGGGCAGGAGAACGCUGCCUUGGAGUGAGCUUUGUCAGAGGCGUGUGUGUGGGGAAGAAGCCCAGCUUCCCUCUGAGGCCCAUGAGAAGCAGCACAGGGGGAAGGCACGUCUCCAAAGCAAGAGGCACAGAGAGUGGGGAAGUGUUGAGUGGACUGAAGGCAGUGCCAUAGGUGGAAUAGCAGUAGCAUUUCUGACCUGGUAGCCUGCCCUUGUCACAGACACAAAACUGGUGCCUUCCCAGUGAGCCGCGUUCCCACACUGUGACUACUUUUCCUUGGGCUGAAAGUUUGUGUGUGCUUCCAGUUGGUAAACAAAAGCUGUUACCUUUUAUCAGCGCUGCUCCCAAGUGAGGCUUCAGGAGCAUAGUUCACUGGAGCUUACCAAAGUGCAGAGGGUCAUCUGAGUUCAGCCUUAUUUUUAGGUCCGUUUGUUUUUUUUUCUGUUUUGGUGCCACUGUUGAGGCAAUUACCCCAUGGCAGACAGUCUGGAGGUGCAGUUCUGCACACACAUGGCCGGGCUGUGCUUCUCUGCACUGCAGCAUGGGGGCUGUUGGCUGAUACGAGUCAUCACAAAUGCGAGUUAUGUGUCUGUAGGUAGAUAGAUGGAGGUGCUUGCUCGGGCUUUUUAAACUACAGCUGUUUACAUGUGGUGAACUUUGUGUCUUUGGAAGCAUGUGGUUUCAGCAUCACAUGGAAUUAAAGGGCUGUAUGUGUGAUGGGAAAAGCAGAAUCGGGGGGGACAAAGCUGUGCAGGAAAGAGGUUUUCUUACUUUGUGUGCGUUUGUAGGAAGUGAGUAAUGAGCGGAAAGAAAAACUUAGGGGGAUGAGAUUUUAAAAAGAGAUUUCUUGAAAAGCUGGAGGGUGAUGGACGUGAAGAGCAAUGUUCUGACAGGAGUUCUGUUCUGUUAUGUGCUGGAUGGGAAGGCAGCAAGACACGACCUAUGCUUUGAUAUGUUGCUGUAGCACAGUGGCCUCAAGAAAUGCAUUUUUCUGUGUAGGAGUAAGUUAGGCUGGCUUCAUGGCUUUAGUGGUGGCCGGGCCUGGCUGCAGGCAGGAGCGGUGCCUGGCUGUUGGUGUGAGCCCCGCAGCCCUGCAUGGGAUGGAUGGGGUGGGUCUGUGUUGCUGUGAAAUGACACUUUGGGGAUGCUUUUAUCAAACCUUAGAUCUGUCCAUCUUUGCUUGCCAUCAGGCUGUCCCUGAGGAGCAGGUUUGUGUGCAGUUGUUCUGCAGCAGGGUUUCCUCUGUAUAGCGCAGAGCCCAGGAGCUGUGCUGUGGGCUGCCUGCUCCCUGCAGCCCUUUGUGUUUGUAAGUUGCUGUGUGUUCAGUGCACAGCACUUCUUUCCUUCCCUCCACGCUCUCACUUAUGCACUUCCGAAGGUACUUUUUUUUGUGUGUUAUGACCAUUUGCUCUUCAAAAAGUCCUCAUACUGUGAAUAAAUGUGGUGGAUCAAUAUAAUUAGGUCACCAGUGUCUUCCCAGCCCAGACACAAGCAAAUGCUGCGCUAUGGAAUGCAAACAGAUUGGUGUGUGCUACACUCAGAGCUGUUGUUUAAAAGUCUGUCUCUUUCCUUACAGCCCUCCCGCUUUGAUUCCAUUUCUGAAAAGCAGAAAGGGAGGGCUGGCAUUUGUGGCUUUUGUUGUCUGUGUGUGUGCAGUAUGUUUCCAUGCAUGGAAGCUCUGGUUUUGCAGGUAUUCCUGGGUAACUCAACGUGUGCUCCUGUUCCCGCAAGGCGCACAGGCUGUGCUCAGGCCCUCUCAGCAGCUGCUCCUGCGGUGGCUCUGUCGGGAGAUGUGUGCAGAAGUGAAGGAGAACCAUGGCAACGUGGGAUGGGGACCGGAUGUGUUGGGGAUCCAUCUGGAGCUUUGGGAUAAGGGUGGAGUGCUGGUUGUAAAAGGAGAGAGGUAGGUAGGAUGGGAGGACUGAGGUGGUUCUCCUCACUUCUUAUUGGCAGUACAAGCCUUGAGCUCAGGGGCUUUCUGAAACCUUGGCUGAGCGAAGAGACACAAGGGACAGCUUCAUUGCCUCAAAGAUGUUUCAGUUUUAAAUAUAUCUGAAGCCUUGGAGGCCACGGAGUCAUUAAGAUUGGAAAAGACCACUAUGAUCACCUAAUCUAGCCGUCACCCCAUCUUUGUUCUUAGGAGGGCAUGUGAUAGGAGAGCAUCCUCUGAAAACACAGCAAGUGGAGGAACUGCUCUGCAGAGGAGGAGCAGGCACAGGAUGCAAGCAUAUUGCCAAAAAUUAAGUGCUUUUAGACCUCGGCCAUCUCCCAUUCUGAUAUUCCACAGCCUUGGCACAUCUCAGAGUUCUUUCGAGCAGAAAUAGCUUUAAUUUAUUUAAUGACAAAAGCUAAUCAUGUUAUAGCACAGAUGUGUCACUUUACUGGCUUUAUAAGAUUUUGUGGUGAAAUGUCUUGGAGAAAGCCAUUCUUCCAAAAAUGGGAUUUGCUGCAGCUUGUUUUCUUCUCGUGUCUGGAGACAUGCUGGCGUGUGUUCUCUGACAGAAGUCUGCAGAACAAGGUUGCUUUACUCAUAGGUAUAUAUUUUGGUGUGCAGUACCAAUUUCGGAACACGGGUUAUAUUUUUAUCCAUGGUAAGAAGUUGAUAGGGGAGUGGUGGGAGACCUAGAAGUACGAAGUGUCCUGCUCAGGGUUGGGAAGUAGGAUGCCCAUCUGUGUGUGCGGGCUUUGUCUGUUGCCGUGUCAGGCUUGAAAGACUCUUUCAUGUCAGCAGCUCGUGCUGGGCUGCGUGGAGCUGGUGCAUUUGCUCUGGUUUUGUUUCAUGGUUAGAGAGUUAGCAGUGUAGGCCUCUCUUUAGAGAUAACCUAUAUUUUCUUUUUCUCCCUAAUCCAUCAUUUUCAGGGCUAGUCAACUGUCAAGUUUAGUUGUGCGUAAAUCCUCUAAUAUGAUUAGAGUUGCUGGAAUUUUCACUCUGAGGAAUUAGAGGUGGGUAGUAUCACUGCUUUACAGGCGUUUCUUUAAUGGGAAGCUACAUCUGUGACUGGAUGUCUGCUUAUAAUUGCACAGGCUUUUCUGCAGUGAAUGAGCAGGAGGGUGUCGGAGUUUGCUGCGGGGCUUGAGGUGCCGCGCUCUGGGCAAGCUCAGGAGCUUGUUUUCCCGUCCUGAAGGUUGGUGUGACUUCUCGCCGUUCCACAUUUGCACUUUGCGGUAUUUCCAAGAACUUCUCCUAGGCACAGUUUUCCUUUCCGGGCUGUGGACUUGGUUUUGCCUCCCAAAUAGGAAAUGAUGAUGUGGGACAGCUGGAAGGAGAAAAUAGGAUGGGUUCUUAAAAGGAAAGGAUCAAAGGGAGGAGAGUGGAAUGAGCUUCUAGGCUGGUGGUAUUUUUGGGUAUGUGUUAUCCUUGUGUUGUGUUCUGUGACUCUGGGAGGUGUCCCAGAGCAUGCUCUCUCCUCAUAGCAGGUGAUGUCACACUGUUGCUGAUGGGACUUGAGUCAAAUUGCUGCUGGGCACGUAACUGGGUUAAUGGGACAGCGCUUCCUUCCUUCCUGAAAGGAAAAUUACACGUUCUCUAUUCUUAUUGUACCUUAAAAGUUGUUUUUACCUCUGCUUUACUCUUCAGUCAUCUGAGAUGGCCAGAAAUGGACUGCUUUCCUACACAAAGCAAGGCCCCAGGGCUUCCCUAGGUUGUGUCAGAUCAAAGUCAACCCCACCACCAAAGUAAUGCAUUUCUGCUGUUGGUUGUAAGGCCUCUGUGUGUCCUUUAUCUGGGUGCGAGCUGAUGUAUUUCUAGAACUCUAAACACGACCAAGGAAAAGCAAAGUGGAUUCUAAACUGCUCUUCUUGACAGAGAAACACAUCUUUGAUCCUUGCCCGGUGCCAGGAGUGUCCUCUGAAACCAUCGGGGGAGCACUGCAGAGAAGCGGGAAGAGCUCGUGCUGUUGAACAUCGUAAAUAAUGCAAGUUUUCCUGGGCUGUAAAGCCUUUGCGAGGUGGAAGCUGGUUCUCUCUCAGGUUGCCAAAUAACGAUUCCCUGUUUGUUUUUGUUUUUUGUUUCGGUUUGAUUUACACCUGAGAGUGAUGAUGUGUGAGUUACUGAAUUACCAGGAGCUUGAUUUGUAUGCCUGUGCUCCUGAUGGCUGAAAUCAAAAAGUCUUAAAGCAUGUUAGUUGUGACUUCUGAUGUGAAAUCCGUGGUGCAGGUCAGGCUCUGGGGUGUGCUGGGAGAGCAGUUUUAGGAGCGGCCGAUUGAUGCCCAUUUCGGCCUUGUAAGGUUGGUGUAGGACGUGCUCCUGUUUGUGCUUGCUGAGCUGCUGAGGCAUUUGGCUUGCUGUAGGAUGUAUGGUGAGCUUCAGUUUGUGGCAUCUCUCCUUCCAGUGCUGACACACAUAGAAAUAUUGGUUACUGAAUGGUAUGUCUUCAAAUGCUUUACUUUUCUGGGCUUGUGUUUUGUAUUCUGGAGCUGUAAAAUGCAAAUAAUUCACCUGUCAACCUGUCUGCAACUCAGGCUGUGUGUUUCCUUCACUGAAGGUGUUUUAAGGUAGAUUUCCAAGUGCUUUUACGUCUUCUUUCGAAAAGAAAAAAGGUGCACUUUUUGUUGAUACACAAGUAUUGCCAAGUGUAAUCUUGCAGGAUGCUCUGUGAGCUUUAACUCCUCAACUUAAUUGUAUUGAUUACAUUUCCAAAACCCUAUUCUUAAUUAAAAAAAAACAAAAAAAAAACCAAAAAAAAACCAACCAAACAAACAAAAAAACAAAAACAAAAAACUCCACAAACCACGAAAGUCCACCCGCACAACUGAACUGCUUCAUUUUUAAGUGUUUGGUUCCGAGUUUGCGCACUGAGUUUGGCUGUGCAGGAUUCCCAUUCCGCACCCAAAACAUGGGAUCCAUCUAUGCUGCAGGGCAGUGGCACCUGGCGCUGCAGGCCUAUCAGAAACCACUGCUGCUGGUGCUUGGCACGGUCUCCUUCUCUUGCUGAAGCCAAAGCAUACUUUAUCCACUCAGGCUGACAUUAAGAUCAUUAAAUAAAUGAAUGAAUUGUGCUGUCACCAAAUUCCGAUCCUGGCAGACUAAAAACAUGUGAGUUUUAUGGAGGAGACCUCUGUCCAUAAUGUCUUAUUUAAUGUCCUGAAUGUCAGCAGUGGGGAUGGUCAGUGAAAGUUUUCUAGUAAAGUGCGUGUGCCUUAAUGAGGGUUAUGGUGAGGAGAGGUGCAGGAACCUGAGUUACUGGGCCGUGGGUCAUUGCAGAUGGGAGUUAGUCAGCCUGGGGAGCGCCUGUCAAAGGAAGCAGAGCUCUGCUGACAGUGUAGGGCUGCCUCCAGCUGUGUUGGGAUUUGUUGAAAGCAGGGAUGGCUCUCUGUUUCCACUGAGGAGUUGGCAUUGUCAUGGCUGAGCCAAAAUGCGCUGAGGCUUGGGAAGGGCUCGGGGUAGCCUGCUGAGCUCUGCUUCCAGGAGAAGGCUGAAAUGCUUCCUGAGAGGAGGAGCUUGGGCUGCUCUUCGUUCAGAUCUAGCUCCAUCCUCCUUUUGUUGACAAAUAGAGGACAUCAGAGAUCUGUUAAGCUUGCUGGGGGUAGGUCGCAAAUGUUCCUGCAUUGCACAGGAAAAAGCAGAAGCGUGGUUUGAUGGAAUAAUGCGUUGUAUAACUGUGUCCUGCUCAUACCACAGCCCCAGGGUCUGCCAUCGGGGUGUGGGACCUCCAAACAUCCGCAUUGUGAGGCGGGAGGAGCAGUGCCAGGGCUGCUGCCAGCUGGAGCUGCUGGGCAAUGCUGGGACACCUUUGGAGCUGGGUGCUGGCUGGAGGAGUGAUGUGAGGCUGCCCAGCUCCUCUCUGCUCUGCACCACAGUCAGCCUGGGUGUUUGCUUUGGUCCCCUCCUGUUCUGAAGUGUCCAACACAAAGCUCAGUGCUACCAGAUGGAAGCAAACCUUUUUCUUCCUCUCCUCCCUGCACCUGAGUAUUUGUCUUAAUGUCUCCUGCAUGCAGAGAGGUCUGAGCAGGCAGAAGGUAUGGAUGGGUCCUGAGCUUCCUUCUGUGGGGUGGCACAUCAUGUCCAUACAUCUUUGCUGCCUCCCGCUGCACAUCACUUUGGAGCAGUGUCACAGCAGAGCUGCUUCACACAGCAGAGAUGUGUGUGUGGAUAUCUUCCUUGGUAUCUGUGUGGGGCCACUGCAAGCAAAACUCGCUUUGUACGUGAGAAAUGCCAUGGAACUCUCUUGUGCUUUUCUUCAGAUUCUGCUGGGAUAAAUGUAUUGCUGCUGUGGCUCUUUCUUGUCAAGCACCCUAUGGAGAUGUGCAGAAAGCAUGCUACCGAAAGUCUGUGUGUGAAGAAGAGGACAUGCAGAGCAUUGGAUUGCAGAGGCCUGGAGCUCCUGCCAGCCAGGCUGCUUCGUGCUGUGGCUCUGCAGUGGGGUGUGAGGCAUUGCUCUGCCGUCCCUGGGGGCUGUGCUUCCAGAAUUGCCUUUUGUCUGACCUGGGAUUUGAAACUGAGAAAAUCACAAGCUCUGCACAUGCGAGAGAGUACUUACAGUUUCAUUUCAUUUUGAUAAACCACUGAAAUAAAGAAUUCUGGAGGGGAAUGGCAAGGCGUUAGGAAGCUUGGAGCUGAAAUGCGUGUUCCUGCUCACUAGAAACGUACCUAGGGAGUUCUUGGGAAGACAGUCAGUCUGGGUGACAACACCGCUGUCACCAUGAUGGUUCCUGACAGACUGACCAGCAGAGUGUUACAUUGUCCCAUGAAGUUGUAGUAUGAAGUAUUAGAGGUGUGGUAGGAAGCACAGCCUGGAGAAUGGGGCACACUGCAAGGCUGGUGAGUCCCAGUGGCCGUCCCCAUAGAGCAAAGAGGCAUGUCUGUGCAGUGGCCUUGGCAGCUGGAGCAGCUGAUCUGCAUUUGUAGGGCAUGAGGGAGGCGGUAGGUAGGCUGGGGGCAGUUCUGUGUGAAUGAAAUGCUCAGGAGGGCAAAAAUGGGCAACUGUGUUUUAGUAAAUGGCAGCAAACAGUGCUGAAAUCUGGGCUCACUGGUGAAAAUCGCUGCGGAUGAAUGCUACUGCAGUCCUGGAGUCUGGCUUAGGAACUUUUUUCCCCUUCUGAUCUUGUAACAACAUGCCCCAGAUGCAGGUAACUGCUGUGCUGGAGAGGAGCUGGAGCUGUAUGGCUUCACUUGGUGAGUUUGGUGCUGGGGAGGUAGGCUGAUACUGUGUAACCUUCUAUCCAGCUUGGCAUUGCCCUUCAUGCCCCAGUCCCUGCCCUGCUGCUGCUCACCUGGCUGUCACCUGGCCUUCUGCUUUCUCUGCUUGAACUCCAGUGUUCUCAGCUAGCUGUGUGUCUGCAGUAAGAACUCAGGAUAGAAAUAACUGUGUGCAUUAAGUAACUGUUCUGAAAGAGGAAAAAAAAAAAAAGCAAAACAUGGAGCAAACAAUCACGACCUGUUCUUGCUGCUGGCUGCAGGGUAGUGCUGUCCCAGGGGAUGUGAUGAAGGGAACCAUGGUGUUCCUCACAUCCUGGCUCUGGUGCUGCUUUGUGCCACGUUGGCCUGUGUCACCCCAGCUCGUGCUUGGCCGCCGCUUGGGAUUUCCGUGGGUGUGAAGCUUCUCUCUAAGUGCUUCUUUCCUAUGAAAGUUUUUUCUCUUCCCUUCCAUCCCACUCUCUCAAGUGAUGGUUUCUUCACUCAGGGCUCCUCCAUCCUCACUGUGAGCAAUGGGCCGAACGCGUUUCCACCUUCCCCAUGGCUGGCUGCAGUCAGUCGCUUUGAUUAAGUGAUCCAGGAAACUUUUCCCUGCCCAUAUUUCCUUCUCCCACCCCUACCAUUCAGUCUCAUCUGAAUGCUGUAAGCAAGAAUCGCUCUACUGAAGCUGUUCGGGAAGGAAUCUGAUGAGUUUUGUGCUGGCAAAGCUGCAGGGUGUGGUUAGCUCAGCAGAGGCUGUGGUUAUCAGCCAGCGUGCCAUCUCCCUGCUCAGCCCAUCCGUAAAUAUGGCUUAGCGGUUAUCAAAUGUGUGGUAGCCAGAAGCUGGUCUAGAAGGGCCUUGGAGAGGAAAGCAGUGCUAAGAUAGAUCUCUCUUCCAGGCAACGUGAUCAUUUUUUUGCUUUUUUCCUUCUGUUGUAGCUAAUUGCAAAAAUAAAUGCAGUUAGCAGUCUGAAGAGGACCUUCGCUUGCUGCACCAUGCUGAGGAGCCUCGUGCGUGGUGGUUUCUUGCCUCCCAGCCUGGUUCGUUUUUAGAUGCCGAAGGGCAUUUUGAGAGUGUUACAACUUCAUUUUACAUUGUGUGUAUAUGAAACAGACAAAAAAAAAAAAAAAUCCAGUGCUCUGCCAAGUAUUUCUGGAAAGAACAAGCUUCAUGGAUAAUCAUUUUCAUGUUCUACCUGCUCCUUAGUGUGUUAAAGCUACAGAAAAAUCUUCUCUACCCUGAAUGAAGGCUUUGAGGGAUUGGCUUUCAAGUAGUCACUUGAGGCAUGUUGAUUAAGAAAUAUCCUCAAUGCUAGAUUUAAUCAAGAUUUGAGUAAUGGAGUUGCAACUGACUUUUGCUCCUGGGAUCCAGUGAACUUCCAGGCAGGGAUCUCUGUGUGCUGCUCCCCAGGAUAUCUGUGCUGUCACUCCAGAGUGGACCAAGCUGGCUGCCCUGUGACAGCAUGGAGCUGCUCCGGUCUGCAGUGGCUGUGGCACAGCUGUAUGGGACGUUGGUGAGUCAGAGUGCUGGAGAGGAGCUUUCUUGCUUUCUAGUGGCCCUGAGCCUGCAGAGAGCCAGGACUUGGGAGAUUCCCUUGGAGAAUAUGGGAGGUGCAGCAAAAUGGUCCUUGUGCUGACCCAGGAGUGGUUGCUGCAUAGAUAGCAAAGGGCAACAUGUGUACCUGGCAGAUGCUCCUCGGUAACAUCACUUGUCUAGUGGUAAUAUCAGCUUCCCCUUAGGAACAUCCAUGUCUGCCUGGGCAGAAGAAGGCUGAAGCUUGUAUGGAGUUCACCGCAUGAGGCUCUGAAUUGAAGAGUUCUUUAACCAUCAGUGGGAUUUGGGCUGAGAUCCUGUUCCUGUCCUGGGGAGGGGUUCUGCACAGUGUCUGUACUGCCCUGGGUGGCAGCGGUGGACAGCAGAACUUCCCAUCUCAGAGUGGGCUCAGGCAGCUGCAACACGUGACUGAGUCAGGAUGAAUGAGGUGAUUAAAAGCUCUGUGGCCCUUAUGGUUCACAGUUCAGUAAAAGCAAGGGAUGUAGAAACAGGAAACCGUUACUGACCAUGCUUUGAAGAGGCUUUCUUGGCUCACACCUCCUCGCUGUGCUGUUUGUCCCUGCUGCCCUGUCUGGGCUGUAUGCAGAACGCUGCACUGCAGCCUCUGUCCUCAUCCUCAUCCUGUUUGAUACCUGAAUGCUGGAUUUCGUUACCGCAGCUCAAAAAGCGUGUUGGCUUCAGUUGGUAUUUCUGGGCUGUACGAAGCCAAAAUAGGUGGAAAAAAUACACAUUCACCUGAAGGCAGAGCGUGCUGCCAUGUGGACCUUCCUGGUGCUUGUGUGCCUUUGGUGGCAGCGGUACAGCUUUGCAGUGAAGGGAUUUGAUUGAAGUUGCUGCUGGAGCUGAGUGUGUAGCACACAGGCUUUAAUAAAGGAAAAAUGAGGAGGUGACAUAAGAGCACGCUGGAAAACCCCGCUCUGAGCAGCCACAGGUACUGCGUGCAGCAUGAGAGGCUUUGCUUUGGAAGCUUUUUCUUUAAGUUCCUCUUCCUCACAUUACGUCCCUCUCCACCUGCAGAGAAACAAAGAGGGUUUGUGCCUGGAGCACGGGGACAUCCAUGGCACUGUGCUGCCCUUAAUGAGGCCCUCCCUGCUUUGCAGCGCUCCAACAGAUCAGCGCUUCCAAAAAGAUCUGUAUCGUAGCAGUUGAGAACGGGAGUCCUUUCUGUAUUGAAAAACCUGAAAGGAAAUGGCAUCCUGUGCAAACUGUGGCUUUGUGCGUGCUCAUGUAAUGGGCUAUCAAUCAAAUUUAAUUAAAACCGGGGUAACCGCGAAGUUUCGCUCCCUUUUAGUUCAGCGAUGGCACGGGGAAAAAAAACUUUUAUCUUUACAAGCUGCUCUUGCAGAAGUUACUGCUGCGAUUGCAGUUAAGCCCUUGCCUUAAAGGCAGUGAAAUUAAUUUGCUUGUUUUUAUAGAGAAAUUUCUUGCCUGUUGGCCAACUCCAAAAAUAGCUGUGGAGUCCCUAGGAGUGAAGCGUGCGCGCGCUCCAGUGCAGCGGCAUCAGUUGGUGCAGAAAGACAGGGUUUGCCAGGCAGCGUGCGCUGGUUUCUUCCCGCAGAGCCUUUCUGCAGCUCCCAGAGCAGCAGAGGGUGCACGAUGAGCUGCAUGGCACGCCAGGACCCGCAGUGAGCUCCUGCAGCCCUGCUGGUGAGUGGGUAGUGCUGGGCUGCUCGAAACUCCCUGUGUUGGAGCAGCCUGCUCCCCUUGCAGCCUGGCAGCUGAGGAGACGUCCCCUGAAGAGACAGUACCCUUCUUCCUCCCACCCUCACUUUCUUUCUGCUAUAUAUUGGGCCACUGAAUAGGCUUGCAUUGACCGGGUAACAAAGAAGUCUUUCAGGCCCUAGCUUUAGCCACAGCCAGUGUGCUGUGGGCUUUUGUUAAUACUUUCAGUCCCCGCUUUCUCUUUCAGCAGCCCUCACUCUCAUUGUUAAUACAUUUCAGGAGCUACGAUGAUAUUUCUGCAUUCAUUUUGUUUGCUCAGUUUGCAAGAAAAGUUGCAGAGAGCCGAGAGGGAGCGGGCCAUCUCAUCCUGCUCUGCACCACAGAGAGCAGUGUGUGCUGCGGGCACAUCCCAUGGAGUAGGACAUGGCUGAGAGCUGUGGGGCGGCUCAUUGGCCUCCCCCCACCGCUAGGUCUGUCUCCAUGUUCUCCUGGUUAGUUCUGGUCUGGCAGUGGAAGAGGAAGGCUCUUACUGACACAGCUGGUUCUGCUAAGUGGCUGUUAGGUGCUUAGAGAGCAUUGUUCAUGAGUUGUAAAUUCAUUCAGCAUCUUACCAAGUGGAUGCAGUGUGUAGCUUUGUUUUGCAAGUGGAGAAUUGUGUGUGUGUGUGUGUGUGCUCCCUCCUACCAGCAGGUAGAGAUGAGUGAAAACCAAGCUACUUGUCUGUGUCUGUGCUAGUAAAUCUGAAAGCUGCUGGAAGGUGCUUUCUAAUUGUUCUGAAACGUCAGUAUGGGAAUUAAUUCCUGGAAAUAAAAUGUUAGGAAGCAGCUGAUUGAAAGGGCUGAUGCAGGCACGCAGAAAUAAAGGUGAAUGUGUCCAAGAGGGAGGUGGAUGAUGUUAGGGUUGUUUCUUCUCCAUUGCAGACCAUCGCUGGGGGAGCAUGUCCCUUGAUAGUGUUGUUGGAGACAAACCAGGCGGUGAUGGAGUUAGUGGUGGCAAUGAGCUCCUACCCUCAGUGCUGUGUCAUGGUGCCCAUGAAGGCUGCCAUAUGCUUUGGAGCAUCUCAGCACACUCCUUUUUUCACCAAAUAGUUGCAUUUUUGGCACUCUAAACUGCUGUUUAAUGGAAUGAAAAGCUGCGUCGUCUUCCACUCAAUGAGAGCAUAAAUUGUGGCACUCGGAGCAGUAAGCGUGACUUUAUUUCUGCACCUUUUAAAGGACCUUGCAAGCGAGGACCUCAUGACACUACUCUGUUAAAUAGUAUAGAACAGACUUGGAAGUCCUUUGCACAGUAAAAGGUGGAUCUGGUGGAUGCCGUCACUCCUGAGAGGAAGCUCACAGCAUUAUUGCAAAUGUAGAUCCUUGCUUGGAAGGUUUCUUAGCCCUGUGCUCCCCCCCCCUCCGACCCAAACCCUAACCCCCCCCAAAUCUACUAUUUCAUUUAUUACUCAAAAGGAGUUCCUGUAGCCAGGGAUAGCUUUUGGAGUGCUCAGCUGCAUGCUGCGAAUGCUCUUUGUGCCUUGGUGAAUGUUGUCUUAAGUUUUGUGUUUCUUGUCAGAGGGUCUGGUUCUGGUUUUUCAGUUAUUAUUUUUAAUUUUUUUUUCAGCUUUUGUAAGUAAAUGCCUGGGGUGACAUCGCUGUGUGGCAGAGUAGCCCUAUAGGGGGAGUCUGAAUGUUAAAUAAACCACUGUCUGAAUUCCUCCCGAUUUCCUCUACAAAGAGGUAAGCCUUGCCCAGUGUCUGGAAGGCUAAUAAAUAAAUUCAGGCUCUCACAGAUCGAGGGAGAAAUAAAUCUGAAGGCUCUGGGGUCUUCACCGUGCUUAAAGGUAUGGAACGUCUCUGUGAGACAGCACUAAAACUGUCCUUUCCACUUUCAUUUAUUUAAUUCGGUGCCAAACUUUCCCAACUGAUAAUAAGAGGACAUUUUUCCUUGCAUCUUCAGCCAUUGAAAUGCAGUGGGAGAGGGUUUGUAUUGGGGUGCAUUGUCCCAACCCUCUGUGCCUUUUGGUGUGCUCACUGUGAGAUCCCUGCUCACGUUGUGCAGCUGCUGUGUUCUCCUGCAGGCCUCAAUGGAGUGCUCUUGUAAUCAGAAUCUUGGGCUGAAGAGCCUUGGCCUAUGUUUUGAACUUGGGUGCCCCUUUCACUGCUGCUCUUUUGUAUCUUCGAUGUUAACAGUGGCUACUGGAGUACAAAAAGUGGGAGAUGCAUCGGUAAUAAAUAUGGAUUUGCUUGCUUUUACACGUCCUCAUGCUAAGUGUCGUAGUACUACUUUUCAUGCAGACUCUUCCAUCUCAAGUGUCUGUCCUUUUGAGAUCUGCUUUUUUUUUUUUUUGUAGAAUCACAGAAUUGCUUGGGUUGGAGCCUCAAGGAUCAUCAAGUUCCUAGGCUCUGCCACAGGUUACACAAGUAGCAAGACAGCCGGGUCCUCCUGCCCCAUCCCCUUACACUGCACAUGAAAUAAAUAAGGGACACCCAAAUAUUGCUGCAACGCCACCGGGACACGCGUCAUCCCCGGGGCUCUCACAGGCUCCUUACCCCUCAGGACAGAAUGCAGCUCCAACCACACUGGUGUACCCUCAAGCCCCGCAAACAAUGAACACUCAGCCUCAGACCCGCUCGCCGUUUGCAGCGGGGCCUCGACCUGCCCAUCACCAGUUUUUUCAGAGGCCUCAGAUCCAGCCUCCACGAGCCACCAUCCAGAACAGCAGCCCUUCCAUCCGUCCUGGUGCACAAACACCGACCGCAGUGUAUCAGACCAACCAACACAUCAUGAUGGUUAAUCACCUGCCGAUGCCGUAUCCCAUGCCUCAGGCCCCCCAGUACUGUAUACCACAGUAUCGCCACAGCGGCCCGCCCUAUGUCGGGCCCCCCCAGCAGUACCCUGUGCAGCCGCCGGGGCCGGGCCCCUUCUAUCCAGGGCCGGGUCCUGGAGAGUUCCCCAACGCCUACGGAACACCUUUCUACCCAAGUCAGCCGGUGUAUCAGUCAGCACCCAUCAUAGUGCCUACGCAGCAGCAGCAGCCUCCACCAGCAAAAAGAGAGAAAAAAACGAUCCGGAUCCGGGAUCCAAACCAGGGGGGCAAAGAUAUAACAGAAGAAAUAAUGUCCGGCGGGGGCAGCAGGAACCCAACGCCGCCCAUUGUCAGACCCACCUCCACCCCAACCCCGCCUCAGCCCAGCCAGGUCCCAGAGCCCGGCCCUGUGCUCUAUGGGCCAGUGGAGAGCAGCCACCUCACCGCCAGCACCGCCAGCCCUGCCAUCGCCCUGAAGCAAGAAGAGAAGCCAAAACCAGACCCAGUAUUAAAGCCGUCUUCUCCCAUGCUCCGGGCAGAGCCCGCAGCAGAGAAGCAGGACCCGGCCAUGCCGGUGGCUGAGCCCACCCCCCCGCACACCCCGCCGGCCCCCACUGCGGCCCCAUCGCCGCCCCCCGCCCCACUCACAGCUGCUGCCACCGCCACUCCUGCUAAACCCUCAUCCACCACCGACCCCGAGGAGAGAUGUGAAGUCGCUUCCCCCAAGGAGGAGGCGAUGCCUCUCCCCAGCCUGGACACGUCGGACCCUGUGCCCACAGAGGAGCCCCGUGGCGAGGCGUGCCAGGAGGCGGGCAGCACUGCAGCACCCGGUGAUGCUCCGGUGACUGUUAGCACAAACACGAUAAACGAAUUGAACGGAGUGAGUGAGGGCAUCGCUGCCACAGAGAGUGGGGCCGACGUGGCUGCAGGGGAUGCCGUGCCGCUCACUGCUGACCCACAGGAACCAGGGGCAGCUCCCGGGGACCUGGGCUCCGUGCCCCCCCCCAGCACACCCCGUGCAGCCCCAUCCCCGCCACCUGCCCCAGCUCCCAGCCCUCCUCCUACUCCUGUUGCUCUGAGCACUACAGCCCCUUCCCCACCACCGCCUCUGCCUCCCAGUGCCCCCCCUGCUCAGGGAGAUGUGGAGGGAGAGGAAGGCACAAGGACUGCUCCUAGUGAAGAGCUGACAGAUAGUGAGAAGAAGGAAGAGAUGGAGGCAGAUGGGCAACCGGAGGAGAGCAUGGAGGCUCUGAGCUUGAGCUCUAGCAAGAGUCCUGUCCCAGCCUCAACUGCUGUAACUGCACCAAAGACGUGGAAGAAACCAAAAGAGCGGACCCAGGGCACUGAGGAGGUGACAGAGGCAGAGCCUAAAGUAGAAGAGGAGCUCUCAAGUGACAAAGUACUUGAAUCUGAACAGGAUAACAUGAGCCAUGGGUUUCAGCUGGAGAGAGACCCCUCCGAACUUAAAGAAGUAAAACCUGUGGAAGAGAACGGAGAGCAGGAGGCAGAGCCUGUCCAUAAUGGUGCUGAGAGCAUGUCGGAGGGAGAGGGGACUGACGUGACCUUGGGCUGCACAGAGGGCUCUGCUGAAGGGCCUGCGCUGCAGUACAAGCCAGAGCAGUGGAAGCCUCUGGACCCGGAUGGGAAGAAGCAGUACGAUCGGGAGUUCCUGCUGGACUUCCAGUUCAUGCCUGCCUGCAUCCAGAAGCCUGAAGGGCUGCCUCCCAUCAGCGAUGUGGUUCUCGACAAGGUGAGAGGAGAGCCCAUCAAACAGGUCAACCAGCCCAAAUUGCCACUGAGAACUCUGGACCCUCGGAUACUGCCUCGAGGCCCAGACUUCACGCCAGCCUUCGCUGAUUUUGGGAGGCAGCCUUCCGGUGGGAGAAACGUAUCUGGAAGUGCCUGCAAAGUGCAGAGCGGCCCUGGAUUGCCGUCCCUGGCUCGGUGCGGUUCCCCAGCAUGCCCUCUCUUGGUCUCGCCUCACCCACCAUUGAGGAACCUGCCAAUAGGGUUGUUGAAUGUUGGACCGAGGAGAUCUCAGCCGGGCCAGAGGAGGGAGCCCAGGAAGAUUAUCACUGUGUGUGUGAAGGAGGAUGUCCACCUGAAGAAGGCAGAGAAUGCCUGGAAGCCAAGCCUGAAGCGGGAGAACCAAACUGAGGACCCUGAAAAUGUCAAAACCCAGGAGCUGUUCCGCAAGGUACGAAGCAUCUUGAACAAGCUGACUCCCCAGAUGUUCAAUCAGCUCAUGAAGCAAGUCACAGACCUGACGGUAGAUACUGAAGAGAGGCUAAAAGGAGUCAUCGACCUGGUCUUUGAGAAGGCUAUUGAUGAGCCAAGCUUCUCAGUGGCAUAUGCAAACAUGUGCAGGUGUCUUGUGACGCUGAAAGUGCCCAUGGCAGACAAACCUGGGAGCACAGUAAAUUUCCGCAAGUUGCUGUUAAAUCGCUGCCAGAAGGAAUUUGAAAAGGACAAGGCUGACGACGAUGUCUUUGAAAAGAAGCAGAAAGAACUUGAAGCUGCUACCACUCCAGAAGAGAAGACACGGCUCCAUGACGAGCUGGAAGAGGCCAAGGACAAAGCCCGGCGGAGAUCCAUUGGGAAUAUAAAAUUCAUUGGCGAGCUUUUCAAACUGAAAAUGCUGACGGAGGCGAUCAUGCAUGACUGUGUGGUAAAGCUGCUAAAAAACCACGAUGAGGAGUCCCUCGAGUGCCUUUGCCGCUUGCUGACUACCAUUGGCAAGGACCUGGACUUUGAGAAAGCAAAGCCUCGCAUGGACCAGUAUUUUAAUCAGAUGGAGAAAAUUGUGAAAGAGAGGAAAACGUCUUCAAGGAUUCGGUUCAUGCUGCAGGAUGUAAUAGACCUAAGGCUGUGCAACUGGGUUUCACGGAGAGCAGACCAAGGCCCGAAGACCAUUGAGCAGAUUCAUAAAGAAGCCAAAAUAGAAGAGCAGGAAGAACAGAGGAAGGUCCAACAACUCAUGACCAAAGAGAAGAGAAGACCAGGUGUCCAGCGGGUUGAUGAAGGCGGAUGGAACACUGUGCAGGGGACAAAGAACAGCAGAGUGCUGGACCCUACCAAGUUCCUUAAAAUCACCAAGCCCACAAUAGAUGAGAAGAUUCAGCUUGUGCCUAAAGCCCAGUUGGGCAGCUGGGGAAAGGGCAGCAGUGGUGGAGCAAAGGCAAGCGAGAUGGACUCCCUACGACCAAGUGCCACUAGUUUGAACAGAUUUUCCGCGCUGCAGCCUCCAGUCUCAUCUGUAUCUGCCUCAUCUGCAUCCUCAGAACUAGAUACUCGCAGGGCCUUAACGAGUCGCGGGAGCACGGGCAGGGAGAAGAACGAUAAACCUCUCCCACCUUCCCUGUCCCGCCCCAACACCUUCCUCCGGGGCAGCAGCAGUAAGGAGCUGCUGCUCGACAAUCAGGCGCAGGAGGAGCAGAGGAGAGAGAUGCUGGAGACGGUGAAGCAGCUGACAGGCGGCAUGGAGAUGGACAGGAACAGCACAGAGGCAGAGAGGAGCAAAGCCAAGGAGUCUGCCAAGCCAGAAGCUCCCCCAGCUCCAGUUCAAGAGAAGUCUUCGUUAUCAGAAGAGGAAAUUGAGAGAAAAUGCAAAUCUAUCGUUGAUGAGUUCUUGCAUAUUAAUGAUUUUAAGGAAGCAAUGCAGUGCGUGGAGGAGCUGAGCGCCCAGAGCCUGCUGCCUGUGUUUGUGCAAGUGGGAGUGGAGUCAACGCUGGAGAGGAGUCAGAUCACCAGGGAUCACAUGGGCCAGUUAUUACAUCAGUUGGUGCAGUCAGGAAAGCUGAGCAAGCAGGAUUUCUUCAAGGGGUUUUCAGAUACCUUGGAGAUGGCAGAUGAUAUGGCCAUAGAUAUACCCCAUAUAUGGUUGUACCUAGCUGAGCUGGUGACCCCCAUGUUAAAAGAAGGAGGAAUCUCUAUGAGAGAACUUAUACAAGAAUUUAGCAAACCUUUACUUCCUGUGGGAAGAGCCGGGGUCUUGCUUGCUGAAAUCUUGCACCUUCUAUGCAAACAAAUGAGCCAUAAGAAAGUGGGAGCCUUAUGGAGGGAGACUGGCCUCAGUUGGAAGGACUACUUACCUGAAGGGGAGGAUGUACAUAACUUUCUCAUGGAACAAAAGCUGGAGUUCACGGAGUCUGACUGUUCCAGUUCCUCAGAAGCACUUUCAGAGAAAGAACUCUCUGCAGAAGCGCUGAACAAGCAGCUAGAAAAACUCAUUGUUGAGGACAAGGCGAAUGAUGAACAAAUCUUCGACUGGGUAGAGGCUAAUCUAGACGAAAGCCAGAUGAGUUCACCUACAUUCCUUAGAGCUUUAAUGACAGCAGUUUGUAAAGCAGCUAUUAUAGCGGACUCUUCUAGCUUCCGUGUGGACACUGCUGUUAUCAAACAGAGAGUGCCGAUCUUACUCAAGUACCUAGACUCAGACACAGAGAAGGAACUACAAGCACUUUAUGCACUACAAGCAUCAAUAGUAAAACUUGAUCAGCCUCCCAAUUUGUUGCGGAUGUUUUUCGAUUGCCUGUAUGAUGAGGAGGUAAUAUCAGAGGAUGCCUUCUACAAGUGGGAAAGCAGCAAGGACCCAGCAGAGCAGAACGGGAAAGGAGUAGCACUGAAAUCUGUCACAGCAUUCUUCACAUGGCUACGGGAGGCCGAAGAGGAGUCGGAGGAUAAUUAAAACUUAAAAUACAGGAAAAACAAAAACAAAAACACACACAAAAAAAAAACAAUUUAAGUAUUUUUUUAAAAAGUUUCACGUCUUCGCCAAUCACAGUGCAGCAAGGCCAAUUCUCGCGCAGACCCCCUUCCCCCACACAUGCACGAGUGGGAGAGGUAACAAAUAGAUAAACACAAAGGUGAUCAUGGAGGAAAAAAAAAGGUACUUGAAAAAACAGUAAACUUCAAACCUGGCGGGAGCACUAAACCAAAAUACAUGUAUUAUUUAUAGAAAAUAUUUUCUGUUUUAAUCUUUUUUUUUCUUUUCUUUUUAAACGAGGACUCAAAUACACAAAG